UAAAUCCGUUGUUUUAUUGUUGGGAAGAACAAUGUUUGCAACCUGCAAAUGAAAACACUCAAGAAGGCAAAAAAGCAACAACCACUCGUUCUUGCUGUUCAGCUAAAAGUGGCGAUGUCUUAACACGGUGCUCUGGAGAAACGUCUUCGGUGAAAUAUUCUAAUAAUAUGAGAUGUACUUUUACCGACUCACAUGUAAUAUAUAAAACUCUUCAAAAUACGCCAUGCAUUAAGUACGAUGAUAUUGUGAGAAUUACUAACGAUUUUUCGCCAAAAAACAUUCUUGGAAGUGGAGGUUACGGGACAGUUUAUCGAGGAACAUGGGAGCAAACAGAGGUUGCAGUGAAGCGUAUACAGGCUACGAAGGAGUAUGGAGCUAAGAAAGAACACAUGCGUCAAAGUUUGCAAGAAUUAAGAAUGUUGUCGAAAUAUCGGCAUGACAACAUUCUGCCACUUUAUGCAUAUUCACUUGAUGGUCCUCAACCCUGUCUACUUUACCAGUACAUGAGCAAUGGUUCAUUGUUUGAUUGUCUCUUCAGAAAAAAAUCUAUGGUUCUUACGUGGUUGCAACGAAUAUCAAUAAUGGUAGGUUGUGCUCGUGCUCUACAUUAUCUGCAUUCUGUUGCAAAGAAUCCAAUAAUUCACGGAGAUGUAAAAUCAGCAAACAUCUUGCUUGACAAACAUUUGGAACCAAAAUUAGGUGAUUUUGGUUUAUGCCGAGAUAGCUUUUCAAAACAGGAUGACUGGAAAGACGAUGGUUUCGUUAUCGCUUCUCACGUUAAGGGGACAUUGGCUUAUCUGCCGCAAGAGUUCUUGGCAGAGAGAAUAAUUAGUACAAAACUCGAUGUAUAUGGUUAUGGCAUAGUUUUGUUAGAAGUUGCAACGGGAUUAAAGCCUCAUGUUGUCAAACGGGAUCCACAAAAUAUCGUAGAAUAUGUUACGGAUCAUCAAAGGUCUGGAAAACACGAAAGUAUUUUAGCUGAUCACCAGUGCGAAUUUAUCAGUGAUUUAGACAUCAGUUACUUCAGUCUUAUUCUGCAAACUGGAUUAAAAUGCGUAGUGCGAGAUUACCAAAGAAGGCCAACAUUUCGCGAAAUCACCAAUGCAUUCUUAUGCAUAUGUAACAUGAUGAACAAUGGUGCUUUUGAGCAGAAUGCAUCAGAUUGCAUAGAAAUUCGUAUGACAGAAGACGAGUUAAGAGGGCGAUCCUCCAUAGCAUUCUGCGAAAUUUGUUCACGGACAUUUGCAAAUAAGAAUGCGUUCCGCCUACACCAAGUGAAGACUCACAACCGUAUACGUGGGAAGGCUGAUUUGGCAUUAUUUCAUCGGAAACGAAUUAAUUCAAACUAUAGUGCCCAUACGUUAGCAUUAAUUGGAACGAAAUCAGAUUGUCCUGAAGUAGAAAAGCGUUCGAAAAGAAACAACAAUCAAAAUAUGGUCUCUACAUUGUCGGACAAUAAAAUCACAAAUGUCAUCCUUAUCAAUGUGAAUGGUGUUCAGGCCAAUCGUGUACCAUCUUUCAGAGAAAUCCAACCGAAACCAAAGAACUUCAUGAGUUCUCAUCAGAAUCGUUUCUUGCUGGCACGGUUUAGUUCUACAGAAUAUUUUCGUCUUCAUUUCUGUCAUUCUUGCUAG